AUGUCGGACUAUCCUCAGCCGCCCCCCUAUGGCGCAAACUAUGGAGGCCAACCUCAGAUGAGUGCUCCGUACCUCCAACCCGCCUACCCAAAUCCAUACCCACAGACAGGCAAUGGCCACCCUGCGCCGUCACAAUAUGCCCAGAGCUAUGAUGCAUCGAUGAACGCGUAUGGGUAUAACCAGUCCAUACCCGUCUUCGGUGCUACUCCAGCUUCAGCACCCGGAGCACCUCCUAUGCCCGUCUUUCAGGGUUGGAAUCAAGAUCAUUUUCAACUACCGGCCUAUGCAGCUCCGCAAAAUAACACGCAAUAUCCCGCUUACGGUGGUAACUCGUACAAUACUGCGCAAACUUAUCCACCCGUGGAGCAGCAGAGCUAUCAGCAAAAUUCACAAUAUAUGAACCGCGUGGAUGAAGGUGAGCUGAGUGAAGGAGAAUUUGACGAUACAUAUGCACCCACCAAUCCUGCUCCUGCUGGAUAUAGAUCUACUCAAUAUCGCGAGAAUCAUGGUACUGGGUAUAUGGGCACUGCGCAUCGAGCUGUGUAUAACAGAACCCACGACCAUAAUCCGUUACAAUCUUCACAUACUGGUAAUGAUUACUAUCCUUCAGAACCCUCCCAGGCCGUUCGUCAAAAUUCCGGCUCAUAUUCUCCAUACAACCCUUCAAAAGUGGUUGAUCAAGACGAGCGGGGAGGAACAAACCAAUAUUAUAAUUCAUAUGCGCCCGGCCAUGGACCUGAACCCUAUGCCAAUACAGCACCACCUAAUCAGAACCAGAAUCAACCGUCUUGGAAACAGAAAGGAGCGAUAGAUUCUUCACGGCCAGGUUCCCGUACAAACGGAAAUCAUGUCACAAAUUCCCAAGAGAAGUCUGUGGAAGAUCUCCCUGCUUCUACUCCAGUUGCUGCCCCCGGGCCUGCCUCUACUGCAAAUACUCCUUCACUGCCUACUCCUGUUCAAUCGGCAUCCAAUCAGGUGGUUAGUGCAACGGCAAAGAAGUCACUAGCCGACGCUCGUAAGGAAGCUCAAGGAGCAAUCCUCAAUCUUUACCCCUUUCAAAUUCGCUUCCAAACCUAUGUGGACGAAGGCUUUGAUGAAACCAUUAUUGGGCGUGUAUUUGAUGAUCUCGGAUUAGCCCGUUCACCCUCUAAAUCUGUCAACGGUGUAAGAUCAUCUCAGAAUGCAUCUGACGCGGAGCAACCUCUUCCUGCAAACGCAUCUCACAAUAAAUUAAAUAACCAGGAGAAGCUCGCGUCUACCCCUUCUAAUAGCGAAGUUUGCACUCAACCAAAGGCCAACGAAAUGGUGCAAGGAAAUACGAAUGUCGAUGCUCCAAUUGUGGGGAAGCAGGUGGCCGCAAACGAGACCUCUACCUCACCCUCAACAAAUACCACAUCAGCUGGUCCUCCAGCUAAACCUGCUGCGACGACUGAAAAGGAACGGACACUUCAAAUGAAAAUGGAGGCUCUUCGCAAGUCAAGAGAGCAACGUGCCCAGAAAGCAGCAGCGAAGAAUGACCCGGUUACUCCAGCUGUUCCUGUUCCCGUCUCCCAACCAGAACCUGCCAGACCUUCGGGCCAAACGGAAGCUCUGAACUCCUCAUCCCAAGUAGAGCCGCCCAAAUCUGGUAGUAGUGCAGCGGCUCCACCUACCAAUUCACUUUUACCCGAAGGUCAAAAUCAGGUCCCAAACCGCUCUCCCUCCCAACCAAUUUCACGGCCUGUCAACACGCAGCAAACUCCAGCUAUUCCAGGCUUGUUCCGAGUACCCACUACUACUAGCCCUGCACCUACGACAACUCCCUCCAACGCGACGAACGGGCCAACUAAUGGCAGCCAGCGCAAGCGACCUGUUGCCGCUGAUUUUGAUACUCCGAUCACAGCAGCCUUUAAGCGACCUUUCGGUCAGAGUCGAAACGAGACACCUUUGGUGAUCGACGUGAGUGAGGAGGAGCCUGAUUCAGAUGAUGAAGAUGUCGCCAUGGAACUUGAAUCUCAAGCAGACCAGGACUCUCCGGCGCAGGUUGCAAGAAAGAUGUCCGAUCACCGAAGCGCGGCCAUUCAGAACCUUCCUCCACUUACCAAUUUUCCAGCACGCAAGCCAUUCACACCACCUCCCGUAUCUUCUGCUGCAAGCACCCCGCCUGCACGAAAGAUCGCCCUCGGGAAGCCCGAGGUUUUACAGGAAAAGGAGAUCGCAAUUGAGGCCUUGAGGAAGAAGAUUGCGGAAGCUGAAGCAGCGAAAGCUUUAAAGAAAGCUAAGCAAACAGCAAGCGGGACUCGUACCCCUCGUACAGCCGACAAUAGCGCUGACGACGCAAAUACUGCAAGCAAUGGUGGCGUGGCCAACCAAGUUGAAGCCUCCGUACAAAUGCAACGAAUGAUUAGCAUCGCCGAGGACCAAGUUAUUCUAGAUCAGAGACGUCUUGCGGAAGCCCAGGCUGCCGAAGUGGAAAAGGCCGCAGAGCUGCAGAGGAAUGCCGCCGAACAAAAGCGCCUCCGCCGCGAACAGCUCGCCACUGAUCUUCCCCGUGUGGAUGCUGAAGUUCAACAAAACCAGCUCAAACUCGAGCAAUUACGGGCUGAAAUGGCAAAGAUCGAAGCUGCUGUUCAGAAGAACUUGGAUGAGAAGCGAAGAAUGGCCGAGGAGAUGGAGAAACUUGGCCAAGAGGCUGAAGACAGGCUCCAGGCACAUAAGGAUAGGUUGAGAGACUUGACCAAUGGCGAGGCUGUGGGGGAUUCUGAUCAACAAGCUCAUUUCAUAGAUUCCUCGCAACCAUCGUCUCUGCCGGCUACCGAGGUAGAGGUUAACCAUCCUUCUCUCCCAGCCUCUAAUCAAGAACAGCCCUCUGGAACCACUUCGCCAGACCACGAUCGGACCAACGCCACGCAGAUCGACCAGCGACCUGCACUUACUAUGCUUAACGGCAAUCCAGCUUCGGCUUCGAAUCCCACCCAAACUGAGCCAGCAGCUACGAAAGAGCCCACGGCAGUAUCUGAAAGGAGCAGGGAUGAUACCAAUGCAGGUCAUAUGCCCGAAGCAGCUUUGCAGGAGGCAGUGCCCGCAGAUGCGGAUUCCCAUGCCCAAGGAGGAAGUGACGACAUGAAUAUUGAAGAUUCGUAUGCUCCUGAUCCUAGCCAACUCUCACCCGAAUCCACUUCAAGUCCCAUGGAUGUAGACAACCGAAGCCCAUCCUAUUCACCAGUCCUUGGCCGCGCUGCUAUGGCGGCCACUUCUGAUCGCGAUGAUGAUUAUGAACCCCCCGAUGCCACACCACCUGUCGCCGCACUAUCCCCAGUUGGAUCUCCACCGUUUAGCCCCGCACCCCCUGAGCCUGUCACUGAAGACAUCGUUCCAGAUAAUAGCGCCGUAUCGUUUCCCCAAGCAACUAACGAAAAUGAGACAGAGGAACAUCUGCCACAGCCAAAUGGUAGUGUCCCUCUGCUAAUAGAAGACGGCUCCCGCUCGUCUAACAAGACCCAACUCUUUACUCCCUAUGAGAGCCCCUUGAAGCGUUUCCGCGCUUUUCGAUUUCACCCUGAGUUUAACAAGGAAGUUUCCGGGGGGCUAAGAUCUCUCACUUACAGUCAUAAGAUUGACCCUACGAUUGAAUUUUGCCCUUGGGAAAUGGCAGGUGGAGCAUGCAAUGACCAAACCUGUGAAUACCAGCAUAUCAAAGAUAUAAGACUUCCCGAUGAUGAUAUUCUCAAAACUCUCGGAUCCCAAGACGAAUUCUCGGGAGAUCAGCGCGCCCGGUUUGUUGAUGGACUAAAAGACGCCCUCGGGGCCAUUCGGGAGAGGAAGAUUCGAGACUUUGACAACAUAGCCAAGGAGAUCAUUGCGCAUCGCCGCAGAUUCCUUGGUGAUGACUCCAAAGUGCUGCCGCUCGAAGGCGUCUCUAUCUAA